AUGACAACAACUCAAGGUGUUUGGGCAGUCACUUCCGUGACAGCCUCAGCUGUGGCCACUGCCAACCUGACUCCAGUGCAGACCCCAACCCGGUCUUCAGUGACCCAAGUGUCCCAAGGAACAUAUCAUCAAGAUGCAGAAACAGAAGAUGCAGCUGCCACCACAGCCCCCACCACCGCAAGCCCAGCAAGGUCCCCACAGCAGCCGGCACAAGUGCAAGUGCAGACACCACAGCCCCCACAGCAGCAAGAGAGUCUUCAGCUUACCCCACAGCCUGGAGCUUUGCUCACGGGCACCACUGUGACCAACCUCCAGGCGGCCCGGCUUAUAGGCGGUUAUGGCAGUGAUCUUGGAGAGAAGGGUGUGGUGGAAGAACCCGGGUCCCUACUUCUCAGCUGCAGGCACAAGGGCAGAUGCAAACUCAGACACCCCAGCCUUCUCAGGUGGGCCUUGGCCAAGCCUCCAGUGGUAUCUGUCCCAGCAGCUGUGGUCUCCUCGCCGGGGGUCACGACCCUGCCUAUGAACGUUGCAGGGAUCAGCGUGGCAAUUGGACAGCCACAAAAAACAGCAGGACAGACUGUCGUGGCCCAACCUGUACAUGUUCAACAAUUGCUGAAGCUCAAGCAGCAAGCAGUCCAGCAGCAGAAGGCCAUCCAGCCACAAGUUGCCCAGGGCCAGGCUGCCGUCCAGCAGAAGCUAACCACCCAACAGAUCACUGUUCAGGGCCCACAGCAGAAAGUCACCUAUGCUGCCCAGCCAGCCCUUAAAACCCAGUUUCUGACCACACCCAUCUCCCAGGCCCAGAAACUGGCUGGGACUCAGCAGGUGCAGACGCAAAUCCAGGUUACAAAACUUCCUCAAGUCGUACAACAACAAACACCUGUGGCCAGCAUCCAGCAGGUUGCAUCAGCUUCUCAACAGGCUUCUCCACAGACAGUGACACUCACACAGGCAACAGCAGCAGGGCAACAGGUACAGAUGAUCCCAACGGUGACUGCCACAGCCCAAGUGGUGCAGCAGAAGCUCCUUCAGCAGCAGGUGGUAACUACAGCCUCUGCCUCACUGCAGACCCCUGGUGGUCCAGCCCCAGCACAGCUUCCAGCCAGCUCUGACAGCCCAAGCCAGCAGCCCAAAUCACAGCCUGCUGUGAGGCUGAAGACACCCACCAAGCCUCCAUGCCAAUAGGAAGGAAACUGGUUGGUACUAUGGCAAGGCUGUCUUAUCUUAGCAGAAUGCUCUACUGUUUUUGCACUCUGGGAUCUGCUGCUACCUAGGUUGGCCAAAGUGAUUUGACUUUCUCCUGUGUGUGACUAACUGAAAAAGCGACAGUUGCAGUCUUUGAUGGUUUCACUGUGUGGGCAAUGUCCACAUCA